AUGGCUUGUCUUUUGCGUAAUCUGAUCAUCAUUAAGAUGAUCUUGCUAUCUUUAGCCGUUCAUUUAGAUGCCACUAAGGAUGAUUCCAUCACCAUCAAUAUUAGUAAUGGUCCUAUCCAAGGCAAAAAACAAGUAAUUUUGGAUAAAACAAUCUAUAGCUUUAAAGGGAUUCCCUUUGCACAACCUCCGAUCGGUUCGCUACGCUAUCAACGACCUGUCCCUUAUGAAUCGAAAUGGGAAAAACCUCUUCCAUGUUUUCAGUAUAAAUCAACCUGCUCUCAGUAUCGAUCUCCAACGUCGUUUUUCGAUCGAAGUAAUCCAAACGGUCCUGAAAUGAAAAUAAGUGAAGAUUGUCUUUACCUAGAUGUUUUUACGCCUACAACAAAAAGUUCAGAUCAACUACCGGUCAUCGUAUGGGUUCAUGGUGGUAGUUUGUUGCAUGGAGAUGGAUCAUGGUGGCAUGGACAAACAUUAUCCAGCUAUGAGAAUGUGAUUGUGGUCUUGAUCAACUAUCGGUUAGGUUCUUUUGGAUUUCUAGCCGCACGAAAUGCUGCUCAUAAAGUCUUAAUUGAGCCUAACGUAGGAUUUUAUGAUCAAGCUCUAGCCUUGAAAUGGGUCCUAGCCAAUAUUGCCUCCUUUGGUGGCAACCCCAAUAAUGUUUUGCUAAGUGGGCAUUCUGCGGGAUCCAUUUCAAUAUCCUAUCAUUUAACUUCUCCUGUCAGUCGUGGUUUAUUCCAUAGUGUGGCUAUGUUUAGUGGUACCAAUAUGAUGAUGAAUGCAUAUUAUACCAAAUGGGAACAGUUAGAUGGGGCAUUUACUAAAUUUCUUUCAAAGACAUCAUGCAAUAAUACCAAAAAUUCGGUUGAGGAAUCCGUAGAAUGCUUACGAAAGCUUAGUGAAGAUGAAUUACAAACAGCACAACUGGAAAUAAGAAAUCUGGAUCCGUAUCUAUUUCGACCAGCAGUGGAUAAACAAUUUAUACCUGAUGAUCCUAAAGUCCUUCUCUAUAAAGGUUUAAUCAAUCCAAUGGAAAAGGUACUUAUAAGUACGGUGCAAAAUGAUGGUGCUGUCAUGACAUCCUCGCUCCCUGGCUAUAAUGCCGGUUUUUCUAGGGAAUCUUUCGUUCAAAUUACAAAAUUACCCUUUAUACCUGACUCUCUUCAUUCUCUCAUCGUUCAUGAAUAUACAAAUUAUACAGAUAUUAAUAAUCCCAUUGGAAAUCGUUGUCAAUUGGAUCGACUUGCAACUCAUGCACUUUUUCAAGUCCCAGCUGCCUAUCUUGCUGGUCAAUUAGCAACCCACAACUAUUCGCCAUAUAUGAUGCUAUUUGAUCAAUUUACAGUGGGUUCAGCCUAUUUUCCACCUGCCGCAGGAAUUAUCCAUCAAAUGGAAGUACCCUAUAUAUUUGGCUAUCCAUUGCAUCAUCCAGCUUAUAUUAAAGAUACGUAUACCAAAGAUGAUGUAGAAGUGAGUAAGCAUAUGAUGGGAAUCAUGGGUGGAUUAGCCAGAAGAGAGAAACCAAUGGAUAUAGAUGAUUGGCGUCCUUAUGCUCAAGGUGAUGAAAGAUAUCUCCUAGUUAGAAAAGAUUUACAAGUAGAAGGGAAUUUUAUACCAGCUGCAAGGAACUUUUGGAAUAAGCUUUUACCUUCGCUGGUUUGUCGUACAACUUUCAAGGACGAUCUAGCUGCAAUCAGCAUAUCGAAGUUACUAGUGCCCCCAAUUCAAAUUCGCGUUUCUAAUUAA